AUGCUAAACUUGGUUUUGGGCUUUGUUUUACUUGUUGAUUGUUCGAUUUGUUCAGCAACGUUACUCUGGCGGAUUGAAACGUCACCGCCGGCAUAUAUUUUGGGUACAAUUCAUAUCCCGUACAAUCUCGUUUCGUCGCACGUAUCGAAUGAGAUUAGGAAAGCGUUCCAGUCUAGUACGCAUUUUUACGCGGAAAUCGACGCGAAAAACGAUGCGUACUGGGACGAGUUUCAUCAAUGUUUACUCAAUCGUUCACUUCGUGCACGACGAUCAAAUGAACCGAUGGCAGAAGGCGAUUUGUUCGAUAUUCAUCUUGCGGAAGAAGCACGACGCUUAAACAAAACUGUCGGAAGUCUAGAACCAGCCGAAUAUCAUUGUGAGAAUGAAGGCUGGCGUUAUAAUAUAAGCACUUGGCAAUUGAUUUUGAAUGUUGUUAGGAAAGAAAUGAAAAGUCGACCGUCGAAUAUCAUCAAUGCUCAAGAUUAUCUUCAAGAAUCAAUAAAUAAAAAGUACAUUUGUGAUGAAAUCGAUAGGAAUUACAUUGAAACUCUGAUAAAAUCGCCCGAAGAACGAAAAAGUCUGGAACAACGCGACGCUCAAAUGUCGAAACACAUUCAUCGAUUGUUGCAUCGUUCGAAUAAAAAUCGAUAUUUUUUCGCAAUUGGUGCCGCGCAUAUGUUUGGUAAAUAUAAGAACUUGAUAGUUCGAUUAAAAACAUUCGGAUAUAAAAUUACGCGCGUCUGCACUGACCAAAACCGCAUCAAGAACAAACUGGGCUGUAAGAAGAAGAAGCUCAUGAAGCACUGUUUGAAAAGAAAACUCUGA